UCAAACGAAAUCGCCCAGUUUUUAGUAUUUUUAAAUGUUUUUCCAGUGGUAACAAUAAAUUUGUUAUUCUUGUAUAAUGUAAAUCGAAACCAAUGAAUUCUUAUUACUUUAGAUGUGAUGGCUAUAUUUGAGAAAGAGUCUCAUUCCAAAGUUAUAUUAGAUGACACAGAAAAACUUAUUUGUAUCAUAGAAAAUGCACAAAAUAUCAACAAGCACACUGAAUACAGAUUGCAAGUGCAAAGGGGUCCUAGUAAAGAGAUCAAAUGGACGGUGUCUCGUCGCUACAGGGACUUCGCAGCGCUGCAUUCGGUCCUGCAGCAAGCUAACAUUGACUUGCCAUUGCCACCAAAGAAACUUAUUGGGAACAUGCAACCAUCUUUUAUUGCAGAAAGACAAGUAGCCUUGCAGGAAUACAUUAAUGCAGUACUGAAGCAUCUAAUUCUAGCCUUAUCAUUACCAGUGAGAAGCUUUUUGGAUCCAAAUAAUUAUUUAUUAAAUAUUGCAGAGCAAGCAUUGCAAACAGUGUCAAUAGCCCUGCGGGGAGACGGACAGUUUGAGUUGAAGGGUCCUCUGGCUGCUAUUGGUUGGAGAGUUAGGAAACACUAUUUUUUGGUGACGGACUCGGAGACCAGAACAAAUUGUCUGCUGUCUUGGCAGAACUACGGGCAGGAUAGGUAUUUAAGUGAUAAGGAUCUGCAAGCAGCUUUUAAGAGUAUAAAAGGUGUAAAUCAUCCACAUAUAGAUAAAAUAUUAGCAAUUCAUAGUCUAGAAUCAGGGGCGUAUGUAGUACGAAGGAUACAUGAAACCGGGAGCCUUAGAGAUAUUCUAUACGGGACCGAAUACACGAGGAACUAUCUAGCCAAAUAUGGGAACCCUAAAGUGAGGAAGCCGCUGACUGAAGGGCAAAUAGCGCAUUAUGGAUAUCAAGUGCUCCAGGCGUUGAAGUUUUUACAUGAUAAGGGAUUACCGCACGGUCAUCUCCAUCCAGGGAACAUUGCAAUAGAAAACCAAAAAGUCCUCCUAAUGGACAUUGAGAACAGUAUCCUUGGCGUAGCCUGCCUACACCGGCCAUAUCUUCUAGAACUAAAGAGAGUGUCGUCGGCUGAAGCAGUAGAUGUGUACUGCUUUGGACGGACGCUGUACGAAAUGGCGUUUGCUGAACCGUUAGAUAGAUACUACUGUGAUGAGUAUCCGCAUGGAAUCUCAGCUGAGUUAGAAUCGGUCCUCCAGCUGUGUAUAUCCAGCGUGGCGUGUAAGAACGCGCGCGUGUCAGGAGCCCUAGAACCGCUACUGCAGCACCCGUUCUUCACGCGAGCCACGUUGAACGGGUCUCGGCUGGAAGCUCAUCACCUCAAGUUCCCUCUUCCUCUUAAGGACGAACUUAGAAGAGCGUUGGACGUAGUCGAGGCGCGUCUCAAAGUGGAUCAGAAGUUGGUGCGCAGUGCAAAACGAGAAGUGCGUAUAAAGGAAAUACUCAAUUCUGAAACGGAACUAAAGAAACAGAAGAAAAGAGCGAGAAAAAGAGAUAGCAUGUGGAAGUCAACUUCAUCCCUAGCAGAAACGGUGCGUUCGCACAGUGCUAGCACGGCAUCGUCGCCUACGCCGCCACAUAUAUCGGGAGAAAUGAGCGGUGCGGAUGUGAGUCCCCGCGCCGCCAGCAGCCCUAACGACGCGCGCGGCGCGCUGCUCAGCGCCAUCUGCGGCUUCGAUCGCGCCCGUCUCGCGCGCGUCAACUCGCGGUGAACUACACACGGUGCAAGACAUCACUACCAGCAUUUACACUUAGGCUACAUCCGCACUGGCAUGUCAUCUAGCGGGUAGCUUAGUAAAACAAACAUCCUUGAAUGUUCGCGAAAGGCCGCAUUGCGCGCUUAGCACUAAGAUAAUCGUUUAGCGUGUAUCCAAACGUGUUGUUUUUUGUGGCGAAGCAAUUUCGGAGAUAACAAUGGAAGAAACUUUAACUGCAGCCGUCGCGCCUAAGCGACCCAGCUCGAAAAUCUUCAGUGCGGCCACAUUGUAUCCUAGCAAGUAGAAAGACUGCAAGCCACUAGGUUCUAGGCUCCAAGCGGGCCGCUUGUCAGUGCGGACGUAACCUCAGCCGCUAAAGAUCACACACACUGUGGAUUCAUUUUUUUGAACCGUACCCGCCUCGCGCGCGUCAACUCUCGGUGAAGUACACAGAGCGCAACACACACUACCAACAUACAUACCCACUGUGAAUUCAUUUUGCGGUGGACACACGGUGCAAGACAGAAUUACAACAUUUACACACGGCUGCUAAGGCUCAUACACAUUAAAUUAAUUUAUAUCGGCCUCGCACUCGUCAACUCGCAGUGAAAGCACGGUGCAAAACAUUUACACACAGCUGUUGCAGUUCAUGCACACUGUGGAUUCAUCAUUAGAACAAACCCGCAGUGAACGCGACGCAAGACACUAUUACCAAAAUACUCAGCCGUUAAAGCUCAUACACACUAUGAAUUCAAUAGGCUACUUGACCCUUUUUCAAAGUAUGUCUUAUAUUAUUAAUUACUGUCUAAUUAAACGAAAAAAAUAGUACCAUAUUUUAUUACGA